AAAAUGGCUGGUUCUGUUAGAUCGUCUGGUCCUGACUGGAUGCUUCAUCCAAACUUGGUUUUUAAAAACUAUGAAGAUCCUUUAAUAAAAAAUUCAUUCAAUUAUGGAAGUUCGACGCAUAUUGUACCUGAAAAAAUUACCGAGUCAUUCAUCGAUUCAUUUUUCGAUUAAGCUGAAUCAUAAGAUGUCGAAGAGGUACUUGAUUUGUAUGAAGAGCACAAAUUAUCCAAAUUAAUUUUUUAACCCAAUUUAUGUUCAAUGUAAUGGAUAACACCUCCUUCCUGAUCAGUGUUUAAAUUAAUUGAGUCUACACCAACAUCGUGAUCCACAAUCCAUUUGUAAAGAUUAUCAGCUAUUUGUUCAGCUGCUGUUUCUACUCUUUUGCUUCAAAAUCAAUGGAAUACGUUGUUAUCGUGUUAAAUGGUUAGAUAGUUGGCUUACAGAACAGCAUGUUAGUGCUUCCUUUCCGCAUCUUGUGACCGAGUAUUGGCUUAAUAAACCUAUUAAUGGAAAUGUUGAUUAUCAAACUUAUUUAAGUAGUGUUAGCAGAGCAAUGUCAACCUCAAACCCUGUUUCAUCCACAAAACCAAGGCCAAAGUAUAUUGUUUCAGGAGAUUUAGUAAUGUCUAUUGGCGAAGAACAUACUUCUAGUUUAGGAAUUGCUUUACAACAUCCACCAGAUUCCAACCAGCUUAAUAUGUCCAACUCAACCAGCCAUGAUCCUAUUUAUUUAAAUAAGGUUCCAACAGAUAAUAGUGCAACAAAUAAAGACACUACUGAUUUCUCUGUUGUUGCUGAAUCUCUGAAGUUACCAGAAAAGCUUUCAAUGGAUUGUGUUGAUAAUAUGGAUAAUAUAUCAAAAACUGAAUCGGAGAAGCAAGUAGAGACAUCUCAAGCAAAGCAGCAAGAUAUUGUUUACUAUCUUCAAAAAAAUACUUAUUCUCCUCAAGACUCUAGCAAAGUUGCAGUUAAAGUAGCACCACCAGUAACUUCAGUUGUUUACAGUUCAUUUGACAACAACUUUCAACGUUUUAUUGGAACAUCAGGCCACAACCCUAUUCAGUUUGCAUCAAUUGACCAGAUAAAUACUUUACAACAGCAAAUACAGGAACAUAUGCAACAUGAUGUGCAUGGAAAUAAAUAUGUUCAAAAAUCAGUAAAAAAAGUCAAAGCUACUCCGCCAAAAGAAAAAAGACCUGUUCCAUGUGACAUAUGCGGGAAAAUGAUAUCAUCUAGGAAAAAUCUUCGUGUCCAUAAAACUGUUAAACACUUUAAAAAUGGUAGCUUUGCAUGUGAAAUUUGUGGAAGAAAGUUUGCUCUGAAUCGUGAUCUUAAGAGACAUAUGCCUUUGCACACAAAUGAGCGUAACUAUGUAUGUCCACAUUGCGGACUCCAAUGUAAGCAGCCUGGACAUCUUACAAAACAUGUUCGCACUCAUACUGAAGUAAUGAAUUGGAGAUGUGAUUGUUGUUUUAAAAAUUUUAAAGUACAAGCAGAACUUAAAGAGCAUUGUUUUUCAGAACAUAACAACAUAAAAGAUGCCAAUCUUACUUGUUCUGUGUGUAAGGAAAAAUUAAAACUUCCAAACUCCGUAUACUUGCAUAGUUUACGACACUCUGGUGUUCGCGAGUUUCACUGCCCUAUUUGUAAAGCAAGCUUCAAACUGAAGCAACACAUGCAGGUUCAUAUGAAAACUCAUGAUAGAACAAUUGAAAAAAAAAAAUACGAAUGUACAAUAUGCAGAAAAUGCUUUCGACAGGAACGUUUUCUUGAAAAUCAUUUGUCAAAACAUACUGAGAAAACAGCUGCAGAAUGGGAGGAAAGAGAGCGGUGUAAAACGGAAUCAAGAGUUGAGGCUGAUAUGAAAAGAAAAGUUUCAGAAGGUGAUUUUGAACAUUAUAAAAACACUGCCAAAAGAAAACAAAAAAAUCCUGAAAAAUUAUUACUUGAUAAUAUAGUUGAAUCGAACAACAAGAUACUCAAAGAUAAUGAUAACAAAGACGAACCCAGCGUAAAGUUUAAGAUUCGGGAAAAAAAAUUUUCUUGUAGGCAUUGUGGUGAAAUAUUUCGUUUAAAAUCGUUAUUAAAGUGGCAUUUAAAAAUUCAUGAGGGCCUAGCCGAUAGUAUUACUUGUGAAUAUGAUUGUAAUCCAUCAAAUAAAGAGACAAAGGAGAGCUAUAUUUCUCAUACAAAUUCAUCUGACAACAUAGAUACUUUAAAUACGCAUACUGUUGAAGACAGUUUACAUACAGUCGGUUCUUUAAAUUUUUCAUCUGAAUUGAGUGAAAAAGACUCUCUAAAGUUUGAUAGAAAUAAUACGAUAGAAAACCAUCAAAAUGAUACUGCAGAUUUUACAAUCAUUACACCUAUUGACAGUAAAAUUCUAGGCGAUAUUGUUACAUCUCUCAAAAAUGAUAUAUCUUCUAGUAGUUUACUUGAUUCUAUAAAAAAUUUUGUUCCUUAAAACAAAAAUUUAUUUUCUUAUAAAAAAUUAUAUUUUAAAAUUUUUAUUAUUAAAAAAUUAUUUUUUAUGGCUUCGUUUUUGUUUUGUUUUUUUAUCGCAUUUACCCAUUUGCAUUUAAAUUUUAUGAGUGUAACGCCAACAAGCAUAUUUCGGCUGUUUUUUUACCCCAAUUUCCUUUAUUAUUUUUUUUAUUUGCAACUAUAAUUAAAUUUUGGUACAAGCGUAAAAUCUAACGUGGUUUUAAAUUCUCGCUUUAAAAAUGUCUAAAUUUAUAUAGAUAAAUUUAUAUAGAUAUUUUGUUUUGAAAUGAUGUAUAAUUCAAUAGUUUAGUAUAAUAGUAUUUAUAUAUUAUAUAACUUUAUUAUUUUGUUCAGAUCAGAGUAGGGAUUUUUUGAGCAAAAGUACCGGGUUCUAAUUA